AUGAUUCAUGCAGAAGAAAAGCACAGAGAGAUAAUAAUGAAAUAUUUAUAUGAGCAACCUGAGAUCAAUGCAUUUGCAAUUGGUGAUAUUUAUAACUAUGGCUUUGAUAAACCAUUUCAAGACGUUUGGAUUGAUAAUGAAACGAACAUCAAUGCUGUUUUAGUUCGCUAUUACGAAAACCUUUGUAUAUGCAGCUACAAUCAUCUUAUUUUUAAGGACUUCAUACAAGAAUUAAUUGAUAGCAGUAAAAUCGAAAGCUAUUCAGGCGAAACAUCAUAUAUUCAAUCAUAUAACUUCGAUAACUUCCAAAAGAAGACUCAUCUUACACUUGCACACUUCACGAAAGAAAACAAUUCUUAUGACUACUCUUUAGUGAAAAAGCUGAAUGUUGAACAUCUCGACCAAAUCAUGGAUCUAAUGCAGCAAUGUUUUGGUUACAAAGUUGAAAGAGAAGCCAUUAAAAAUGAGUUUUUAACGAAUACUUGCCGAGCAUAUGGCAUUUUUGAUGGAGACAAAUUAGUAUCAAUGGCAAAAUCUACCGCAGAAUCCGAAAAAAUAGCAAUGGUAGUCAUGGUUUGCACAGAUAAAGAAUAUCGAGGUAAAAGUUAUGCAUCAAAGUGUACUGCAAAGUUAAGCAAUGAGUUAUUAUCAGAGGGUAAGAUUCCGUGUUUAUAUUACGUUGAUCCAAUUGCUGCAAAAAUUUAUAUGAAAUUAGGAUAUGAGAAUAUUGGUCUCUAUAGUAUGAUUAGAAAGUCUGAAUAG